UUGAGGUUAUGCUGGCACCACUCGCACACAGGCGCACAAUGGUGUUAGCUGGGCAGAAAGAGUGGCAUCUCUGGCUACCGGGCUGGGGGCGACCUUUACCAUAGGAUGAAGUAACCUUGCAUUCGGCUGCAAGGUGUACUGUACGUACACAGGUGCUGGUCGGCGUCCACUUUCUGCUUUUCUUUCUUUUCUUUUUCUUUUCUUUUUUUCCUUUAAAAAGUAAUUUCCCCCACAGUAAUGUCCAGACUCCUGAGUAAAUUGAUCUUCCAGUUUGAAGGAAUUGAGAGUCUGACAAGUAAAUUUAAUGUUAAAGUAACUGGUUUUUGAGUGCUUUCUGUUUUUUUGGAAUUCUUAAGAUACUAGUAGUGCCUUAAAUGAUUUACCCAGUUAUUACACUUAUUUCCCUUGGGAAACAAUGUGUGCAGAAAGGAAGUAGCAGAAAGGAUUAUUCUACUUCAGGAGGAGGAACGCUGUCUCACUAGGCUUGCUGUAAACCUCCCAGCUUACGUUUACUCUAACAGUAAGCAUUAGAAUACUGUCCAGAACUACUUGAGAGGCUAAGGCAAGUAGAUAGGCCAGCCUGGGCUACUUAAAGGUCAGCCUUAACUUCUUGGUGAGACAUGACCUCAAAGCAAAACCCAGCAAAACCUAUUUAGAGCCUUCUGCACAGUCUUUGGAUGUUUAAAAUCUAAACUGUAUGUGGGUUUACUUUUACGUAAUUUAACUGUUUUAUGCUGAAAGUAACUAAUGAUCAUAGUCAAUUUGGAAAAAUAAGUGUUAAAUCUUGAUUAUCUAAAAAUGUUGUAGUUAUAUUUUCAUAAAAUAGUAUAUUUUCAUCUGUAAUAUGGUUUAGUAACAUCCUUGUUGUUUGCCAACAAAAUUAUUUUUGGCUGUGAAAAUUCUCUUUGCUUGCAGUAUCUGUUUCUCUUCCUAGGCUCUCGGUGGUGACCCAAGCCUAUUGUAAACAAGUGAUUAUCUCAAAGGGGAGAUGCCAAUGGAGUAACAAUUGCUAACAUUACAUUUUCUGUCUGUAUAUAUUUUUAAAAAUUGGUAGUUUCUGGAAAAAAAGAGAAAGGGGUUUUCCUUUGGAAUAUGGAUAAAUACACCAUGAUUAGGAGACUGGAAGGUCAUCACCAUGAUGUUGUAGCUUGUGACUUUUCUCCUGAUGGAGCAUUGCUAGCUACUGCAUCCUAUGACACUCGUGUGUAUGUCUGGGAUCCACACAAUGGAGACCUUCUGAUGGAGUUCGGGCACCUGUUUCCCCCGCCCACUCCAAUAUUUGCUGGAGGAGCAAAUGACCGAUGGGUGAGAGCUGUGUCUUUCAGUCAUGAUGGACUGCAUGUUGCCAGCCUUGCUGAUGAUAAAAUGGUGAGGUUCUGGAGAAUCGAUGAGGAUUGUCCGGUACAAGUUGCACCUUUGAGCAACGGUCUUUGCUGUGCCUUUUCUACUGAUGGCAGUGUUUUAGCUGCUGGGACACACGAUGGGAGUGUAUAUUUUUGGGCCACUCCAAGGCAAGUCCCUAGCCUUCAACAUAUAUGUCGCAUGUCAAUCCGAAGAGUGAUGUCCACCCAAGAAGUCCAAAAACUGCCUGUUCCUUCCAAAAUAUUGGCAUUUCUCUCCUACCGGGUUUAGACUGAAGACUGCCUUUCCUGGUAGGCCUGCCAGACAGAGCGCCCUUUAUAAGACACACCUCAAGCUUUACCAGCUCAAGCGUCUGUCCUUGGAGGCUCGGGAGAUUUAUUUAAUUUGAAUCCACUCUUAUACUUCAUUUCAUUAGUUGGACUUUUAAAGCAUUAUUUAUACACCAUAGAAAAAUUUGAACAUAUCAUGUAAUUUUUUUAAGAUUAACUGUGAAAACAUUACAUACAUGUAUAUAUUUAGACAUGAGCUGCUGCUAUAUAUUGAAUGGGCCCUUUAGUUUUCUCUUAGUUCUGACCUGUAUAUAUUGCUUUAACAGAGCCACGAUUUGUAUAUGUGCUAUUCAUUAGAGCAAAUUCAGGGGAAUUUUUGUUUUUUUUUAUUUGGGGGCACUGAGUUUAGAUGAUAAGAUGAAUUUCCUCCUAGGGAAUGGAAUUGGUCAGGAUAGAUGGUGUGAAACUGAUAAGAGAGGUUUUGGAUGUGAAAAAGAGUUUCCAAAAGAAUGAUGUCUGGGAGUUUGAAUGUGACGGUUAAAAAAAGAGCCAAGGAAAAAGAUAGCUAGAAAAAAAGGUUGGCUCUCAUCGGCCUUAAUUUUGGAAAGCAGCUACUUACCCCUCAGAGAAUAAAGUAUUAUGCAUUCUUGUUAAUUUGAAAACUACAUCUACUGUAUUAUUGCUGAAUAUUUUGUUAAUACUAAGGGACAAUUUUAAGACCAUGGGUUUUGUUUUUAACAUUUUAUUUCUGCAGAGGAUAUUGGUAACUUACCAAAGAGAAGCAAUACACAGUAUGUCUGCUUUAGCCUUCUUUUAUUUAUCUCAUCUGCAGAUGUUGAGAAUGUAUGCAUUAUGUAAAAUGCUUGUUUUUUAUCUCUGUUGAGUUUUUUUAAUUAAACGACACAAAACUACUACAUUGCCGAUAUUUCUUUCAUGGGU